AUUUUGUUGGAUUUACCAGUUGCAAAGAUUGAAACUUCGUGAAUCGUGAUUCAUUUCGAACAAUCUAAUUUAGAUUUAUUGGGUCUGUUUUCUUUUUCUUACCAUAUUUUGUUUUUGUUCGUAAAAACGAUUUUUUGGUAAUGUCGUCACCAGACAUUGUCGGAAUUCUGGAAAACACGAAGGAACUUGAUCGGUUAAGGAAAGAACAAGAAGAAGUUUUGGUUGAGAUCAAUAAGAUGCAUAAAAAGCUUCAAGCUUCUCCUGAGAUAGUUGAGAAGCCUGGUGAUAUCUCAUUGGCAAAGCUUAAGAAUUUGUACAUUCAAGCGAAAGAGCUCUCCGAAAAUGAAGUAACUGUGUCGAACAUUUUGCUUACUCAGUUGGAUUUGCUGCUUCCAUAUGGACCAACAGGGCAGCAAAGAAGAAAACUAGGAGUGGCAGAAGGCAAUGAUCAGAAGAGGAAGAGGAUGAAAGUUGAUUCGGAUGUAAUAAGACUUUCUCCUUCCAUGAGAAAUCAAAUCGAAGCAUAUGCAAGUCUAAAGGGUGAACAGGUUGCUGCGAGAGUUACUGCAGAGAGUGCUGAAAAGGAUGAAUGGUUUGUGGUGAAAGUAAUUCACUUCGAUAGAGAAACAAAAGAAGUUGAAGUACUUGAUGAAGAACCAGGAGAUGAUGAAGAAGGAAGCGGUCAGAGGACCUAUAAGUUGCCAAUGUCAUGCAUUUUACCAUUUCCCAAACGAAACGAUCCUUCGAACACCCAAGAGUUUUCAAUGGGUAAACACGUCUUAGCUGUAUAUCCCGGGACAACAGCACUCUACAAAGCAACUGUAGUAAGUACCCCUCGAAAGAGGAAGUCUGACGAGUACUUGCUGGAAUUCGACGACGAUGAGGAAAAUGGAGCAUUGCCUCAAAGAACAGUACCUUUCCACAAAGUGGUAGCUUUACCAGAAGAAGCGUUCAGAGGUAUCGGUGAGGCUAUUGGAACUGUCUCGGAGGUGGAUGUAGCAGAAGCAAGAGUUCUUGUUGCUGUGAAUGUGACUAAGCCCUUGAAAUUCAAAAAGAGAGUCCUCACUGAUAAUGGGGAAGAAGUCAUGGUAUCUCUCACCUAUGAGAAGUUGUUCCGGUAUUGUUUUACUUGUUUCAUGAUCUCACAUGAGGAGCGUGACUGUCCUCACCUCUCUGAAUCACAAAAACAACUUAACAAAGAUAGGAGAGGUGGCACCUUAACUAAUGGAAGUCGCAGGUUUGAUGAGGACCGUGAUACUGCUGGACGCAGAGAGAGACUUCACAGAGCCGGAGGCAGAGGUAGAGAGGAGAGGCAAGGCUCAGCGCGUGGUCCGGUCCAUCGAUCUACUUCGGAACUAUCCAGCAGAGCAACCAUCCCUCCCUCUAGCAGCAAUCCGCCUGUCCACCGUCAUGUGCGAAGAAACCUCAAUUUGACUGAGGAAUCGCCAAGACCAGAAGUAAGUAGGAAUCCGGUUUGGCAGCGUAUUGGAGUGGCGGCUGACAAGAUUCAGCAACGUGCUAGGGAGUCCUCCAUUCAAUCUUCGUCAGGUUCGCGUAAGAAACCUGAUGAUGUUCCCCAGAAAUUCAAGGAUCUGCGACGGCGAAGUGACAGUCACCGGAAUUCCUCACGAAGGAGAGAGUCUCCACUUCGUAUCAGAUCACCUACUAGAGAGGAGCCAAGUCUCGAAAAUUGGCGUAGUUCUAGACGACCCCCUCGACAUCAAUCAAGCCGGUCUGAUAGAAAUCUGUCAGCUCACCGUGAUUUCCCUUCGGGGUGCGGUACUACUCCUGCUGUAAUGGAGAAAGGGAAAGGCAAGCUUGUGGAGGUUGAAGAAGAACGUGUGUUGGGGGCUGAUGAGGACGAGAUGGAAGAUGCAAAUCCGGUGCCUAAGGAUUUUGAAUUCGGCUCUGGUUCUGGAGCUGGGGUAGGGAAUGAACCGGCAGUCACUCCUUCGACUCAUCCCCAAGAGGUCUCGACUUUACCAGGCAGUUUGGUUGCCAUACCGGCGGAAGCAGUGGGAUUAGAUACAAUCCUGGAUGAAGCUGCAGAGGACAUCAACGAGGAGGAAGGCUGGGUGGAUGAGGACGACGGCCUAGUUGAUUGGGCGGAAGAUGACACGGGGUUGUCAGAUUGGGCAGAGGACGACACACUGGUUAGGGUCCCUGAAGAAAACAUGGAAGAUCGCCUUGAGUUUCAAUGCACCCAAGGUGGUGAAUCAAUCCCCUCUGAUUGGGAGAAUUUGGCUGAUGAGGAAGCGGAUAACGAGAAGGAGAUCACGGAGGAGGAUCUCCGGCUGAUGCAAGAGCUUGAGAAUGAGAUGAUUCUCGAUGGCUUGCUUGACAACGACGAUCUACUUGGAGAAGAGAUGCUGGCUGGUGACAACGAUGAGAUGCUUGGCGAUGAUGAAAGUCAAGAGAGAACCAUCUCUGAGGCCAUUGUACCCAUUUCCCACCAGCGGGUGGAGGUUCCGGCGACGUCUCAGUCACCGUCGAGCAAGCGCCUGAGAUCCCCGGUUAGGGAAAAGACGUCACCAAGAAGAAGCAGUAGACUUGCUGGGUCAGGCAGUGGUGGGCCAGACAUUGGCUUGAUAGGCCCGUUUGUACAAGAUGGGAUGACUGAGCCCAACAACCCUGAGACCAAGAAGGCUUUUAUUCCCCAAAGCCCAAAACUCUUCACUGCAGCAUCCAGGAAAUUAAAACUGUUUGGGCCUAAGCUCUCGCCAAAGAAAAGGUCGGCCCCGCUGGCUUCGGGCACAUCUGGAGCAGUUCCACCACGACCGGAUACCAACAUCCCUCAUCAGGAGGAGGUUACAAUCAAGAUCAACAAGGGUAAGAAAAAGGAAGCAAAGGCCAAGAAGCCUAAGGAAGGUGAGGAGGAGUCCCCGAUCUCCCCCAAACCGCCUACAUGAGGACAAUUGCGUGGAACUGUCAAGGGGCGGGUGCAAAAGAAACGCGUCGCCGACUGGUCGAGUUAACUAGGAUGUAUUCGCCAGGUUUUUUAUUUUU